AUGGCGCCGCAGUCUACAUUCAGCUUCCAGCUAUUCUCCGAUCUGCACCUUGAGGCUCCAAAGGCAUACGAUGUCUUCGAACUACCUGCACAGUCGCCUUGCGCAGCUCUAAUCGGUGACAUCGGCUGUGUCAAAGACAAGGGCCUCCUCGAGUUCCUUCAACUUCAACUCGAGCGCUUCAAGCUGGUCUUCUUCCUCCUCGGCAAUCAUGAGCCCUAUCACAGCAACUGGCACCACGCCACCACGACGAUCGAGAAGUUCGCAAGCGAUAUGAAGCAGCUUCGCAAUACCAACACCGCCCUCGGCGAAUUUGUCUUCCUCAAUCGCACCCGCUACGACACAGACGACGAAGUCACCAUCCUCGGAUGCACACUCUACUCCAUGAUCGGACCCACCAAAGAUGACAUGGACCGCGUCAGCAUGGGCCUCAACGACUUCUACAAGAUCGACGACUGGACUGUUGAGCAGCAUAACGAAGCUCACAUUGCUGACCUGGCCUGGCUCAAUGCUGAAGUUCAGAAGAUCGCCACUCAGGAGCCACACCGCAAAGUCGUCAUCCUCACCCACCACAGCCCUACAAAGGAUCCGCGAGGCGUCGAUCCCAGGCAUGCCAACAGUCCCAUCAGCUCGGGCUUUUGUACUGAUCUGUCAGAGGAGGUCUGCUGGACAAGCCCAUGCGUCAAGGUUUGGGCAUUUGGACACACUCACUUCAACUGCGAUUUCGGCGGUAGACCGGGCUGGCAAGUGGUUACUAACCAGAGAGGAUACUACUUUGCGCAGGCUGACGUUUACAUGGGAGACAAAGUCAUCGAAAUUUGA